ACUCCGUUGAUCACUUGUAAAUAACUAAAUUUUUAUAUUAUUUAUAUUUUAUAUUAAUAUAUUAAUAUUAUUAUUAAUUCUUGUAAACCUGCAAGUGCCUGUAAAAACUUUUGUCAAGUCAGAAGAUUCAAUUACCUUUGUUAUGUACUUUAUAAAUUCUUCUAUCAUCUUACACAUUAGCAACGGAACCUGUUGAAAUAGUAUUAUAUAUAUUGUUGUGUUUAUAUAUUCAAAGUUAAAUAAGAAUAAUGAAUAAUAAAAUAAAAACACCAGUCUCCAUCUUACAAGAAAUGAUGGUGAAAAAUGGUACAGUUCCUCAUUAUGAACUGAUUUACGACGGCGGUGGUACUCACGAGAAUACAUUUACGUAUCAAGUUUCAUGUCAAGGUUUGGUUGCCAUCGGUACUGGACGGUGUAAAAAAGAUGCCAAGCAUUUAGCAGCUAAUAAUAUGUUGGAAAGAAUAGCCGCUGAAAAUAAUUAUCCAGCCUUACCUCCGAUACCUGAUGAUAAGUCGCCGGCUAAACUAAUUCCACCUCCGCGUAUUUUAUCUGACGAGCCAUUUGUUAAUGCCAUUGGUGAAUUGCAGGAUAUGUGUGCUGAAGUUGGUUUACCAGACCCAAUUUAUGAAACAGUAGGCGAUCAGGGCCCAGCUCACGCAAAAAUAUUUACAAUUCAUUGUAAAAUAUUUACAUUGAUUGAGGAAGGAACACAGACAACCAAAAAACACGCAAAACAUCUAGCUGCAAGAAAAAUGUAUGAUCGUGUUAAAAAUAUGGUCGAAAACACAGUAAACAUUCAGAAAAUUGUUAAAGCCGAAUUAGAAGAACACAAUGUGGAUCCUGAUUCGAAUAACGAGAUUGUUCCUGUUAACAAUGAUGAUUUUAUUGACUUUUCAAAGUUAUCUUUCUAUUCAAAAUCAAGUCUUGGCCUAAAACUAUCUGAAUUUCAUACAACAUUGUUCACAUCUAACGAUGAUAUAACACGAGAGACUGUCAUAAGUGAAUUGACGCAAUUUUCUGAAUAUUAUUUGAACGAUGAGACCGACAACGAUGACACAGACUUUUAUUCAUACUUGAAGGAAUUAAAAAAUGUAUUCAAUGACGCUAUCUCGCCGUUAAAUAUUAGUGCAGUUGUUUAUUCAUUUCCAACGCGCUGUGAAACAAGUACGGAUUGCAUAAUAACAAUUGUUUUGAAUUCAGUACCCGAAUUAGUUGAAUGUGUUGUUGGUAAAUCAGAAGAUAAAAAAUUACUACUAAGUUUGUUUGUUCGUAUUACAAAAACGUUGACAUUGCUUUUAAUUAAAUGUUAGUAAUAUUUGUUUAAACAAAAAAGAGGAGAGAAAGAUAGUUUGCUAAAAAAAAAAAACUUUUCACAUGCUACUUUUUUGCAUCAAGUUUAGUUAAUUGAUGGUACAAACAAAGUACUACUUGUUUUGUGUCUCGCAUGUAAAUAUUUAUUCCAUUAUCACGUGGAUUGAAACGCUCAGUCACUGAUACUGUUAUAAUUAGCAAUUAUUAUUUAAAAUUUGAAAAAAUAGCACAGUUUUAACA